AUGAGUCAAACUGUCGUUCUCAUUACCGGUGGAAACCGAGGCCUGGGACUCGGGCUAGUCAAAAGCUUCCUUUUACAGUCUAACUAUACUGUUAUUUCCGCCAACCGCGACCUUAGUCAUACAACUUCCAAGGCACUUAGCGACCUUCCUAAGGCUGAGGGUAGCAAUAUUGUUGUCUUGAAGUACGACGCUGGAGUUGAACAGGAUGCUUUUAAUCUUGUAAAAGAUAUAAAAGACAAGCAUGGAAUUGAUCACCUCGAUAUUGUUGUCGCUAAUGCCGGCAUCUCAAAAUCUUACCCUCUUGUGAAAGAUGUCCGGCGAGUUGAUAUCCAACAACAUAUCGACGUAAACGCCUAUGGCAUGGUAUUUUUAUACCAAGCUACACGUGAACUUUUGCAAAAGUCGACCAAGAAGCCAAUUUUCGUCACGAUUGGCUCUGGUGCUGGCUCACUUGGGAGGCAACCGCCGGUUCCAAAUGCUGCUUAUGGGCCAUCCAAGACUAUAGUAAACUGGUAUGGAGUUAGGAUUAACGCCGAGGAGGAGUGGCUCAAUACUUUUGUCUUGGAUCCCGGCUUCGUUCAGACUGACAUGGGCAAUGCGGCAGCACAAUUUUUUGGCAUGAGUGAAGCUCCGGUUACCGUCGAAGACUCUGUGAGUGGCUUAUUCAAAGUCAUUACAACGGCAACUAAGGAGACACAUGGCGGUAAGGUUGUAUCAUACAAUGGUGAUAUUCUGAGCUUUUGA